UUUGAUAUCACAGGAAGACUUUCGGUGCAUUUGGAUUGGGCUGCGGAAGAAGAAUUCAUUGCCUCUUCUCUUAGAUUUGUCAAAAUAGGAUAUACAAGAUGACUAUGUAUCUCAAUUUGUAUUUUGGAGUCUUCAUGGUACUGGCUUCAAUUUAUGGAGCUGUGAAAGGCCAAGAAAAUGAAAAUCCCUGCCAGAAAGGCGUAGAUCUGGGAAUCAUAGUGGACAGAUCAAGGAGUGUCAAAAAGCAAAACUUCAUAACGGUGAAGAACGAUCUGAAGACGUUUUUGGAUAACUUCAACAUCAGCGAAAAUGGAACCCAUGUGUCCUUGAUUUUCUUUGCUAAUACGGCCAGUCUUCUGUUUAAUCUAAGUGAUGCGCGCUAUUUUAGCAACCAGGCUGUAAAGGACCGCAUCGACAACGUAAAAGACAAACUUUACGCUGGCACUCGGACGGAUCUGGCGCUAAUGAAGGCGCAUGAUGAGAUGUUUCAAAGGGAACAUGUCAGACGAAAACAUAGCCAAGUACUUCUGAUAUUCACUGAUGGAAACACUGCCAAAGAGUCCGCACCCUACAGCGAAACAGUUCCACCACUUGAAGACAAAGGAGUCACUAUCGUGGCAAUUGGCAUCGGAUCAGGUAUCAAAGACAGCGAGUUAAAAAAAAUUGCUGGUGACCGCGGUACGUGGAUGAAGGUUCCCGAUUUCGAUUCCCUUGGUGACAAACUGAACGAAAUUUUGGUUGGCGUCUGUGUAAUUAACGGAGGUUACACAACGUGGUCUGGAUGGUCAGAAUGCAGUGUAACUUGUGGCGGGGGAACCAGAACACGAACGAGAAACUGCACAAACCCGGUGCCAAUGGGAGGUGGCAAAGAUUGCAGUGAUAUAGGAGAACCCGUGCAAGAGCAAGAAUGCAACAAUCAGACAUGCGAGNUGGAGAAAUUUGAAAAUGGACUGCCUCUCAGAGUUUUUUCAUUUGAGUUUUGUUUUCUUUCUCCUAUUACAGCUAUUGAUGGAGGUUACACCCGAUGGACUACUUGGAGCACUUGCAGUAAGACAUGCGGCAAGGGAACGCAGAUACGCUUUCGAAGCUGUACCGACCCACCACCGAAUGGCGGGGGCCGAUCAUGUGCUAUCCUUGGAAAACCUACACAAACUAAGAAGUGCAAGUUGGCCGGGUGCAAGAAACAACCAGCACCAUGCAAGCAGGGUCUCGAUCUGGGCAUCUUGAUCGACCGUUCGUCGAGUAUUCGGCCUGUUAACCAUGAACGCCUUCUAAAAGAUUUCCUGCCCAAAUUCCUUAAAAGUUUCAAAAUUGCCAAAAGAAAGACCAACGUGGGUAUCAUCGCCUACGACGAGGCUGCAGAGCUUCUUGCCCCAUUUAACGGUCGAAACUCCAGAUCUAAGACAAGGAUAAUUAACUUCGUGAAAUCUCUGCACCCGGGCGUUCAGUUACAAACUCGUACGGACAAAGGGCUGAUAGCCGCUAAUAAAGAAUUGUUUACUAAAGGCAAUGGCGACAGGAAAAGCCACCAAAACGUGCUCGUGACUUUCACUGACGGGAGAGCUUGGCCUAAGAGACGUAUUAAACCAUUCACGGAGACAGUACCUCCGCUUAUGGUGAGUGAAUUUUAGUCCCUUUUGUAGUUUUCUUUACGUCACCUCCACUCCUCCGCAGGCGUUACAAGGCCAGGGUCAUCACG